AACACGUCAGUUAUUUGUUCCGCUGUCACUUUGCUCUGGUAUAAAUACAUACAUAUGCCGAAGUGGGCGAAAGUUCUUGGAUUUUUCUAGUGCUGAUUUGGUAGUUUUGUAUUCUUCAAUGCACAGUACUUUAAUAUAAAGAUUAAAAGCUGGUAGAAGGUGAUUUUAUAAUAUAACACACAAGGAAGCAUUUUUUCUGUAGAAAAAAUAAACACCGGCAACACGCCAAUAUGUCCGCCGAAGCCAUCAAUAAACCAGGUACCACGAAUCGACAAUGGAGUACCACGUCAUUGAUAUCUACAAUACCCCUUUUCACCGCCGCUUGUCUGCUGAUAAUUGCCGGUAGCUGUAUUACAGGCGCCAAUGCUGCCGCUGUAAUGUCUGUCGAUUUGGGUACAGAAUGGAUGAAGGUUGGAGUGGUAUCACCUGGCGUACCAAUGGAAAUUGCGCUUAAUCGUGAAUCGAAACGUAAAACACCAGUAAUACUUGCUUUCCGUGAUGGAUUACGGACAUUUGGUGAAGAUGCCGUAACCGUUGGCAUUCGUGAGCCAGCUGCCGCAUAUGGCUAUUUACUCGAUUUAUUGGGCAAGACAAUAGAUAACCCCAUUGUUGAUUUGUACAGAAAACGUUUCCCUUAUUACGAAAUUAUUGGAGAUCCGCAGCGUGGCACCGUCAUUUUCAAAAAAAGCGACGCUGAACAAUUUUCUAUCGAAGAACUUGUUGCACAAAUCCUAGUUAAAGCCAAAGAAUUCGCACAAGAGUCCACUUCACAGCCAAUUACUGAAUGUGUUCUAACAGUGCCCGGAUAUUUUGGACAGGCGGAACGUGAGGCACUACUGACCGCUGCUGAAUUGGCAAACCUAAAAGUUUUACAACUGAUUAAUGACUACACUGCGGUCGCUCUCAACUAUGGCGUUUUCCAUGGGGCAGAGAUCAAUGAGACUGCUCAAUAUAUAAUUUUCUACGAUAUGGGCGCAUACAAAACAUCGGCCGCAGUUGUUAGUUACCAGUUGAUGAAGGACAAAGUCACGAAAGAAACAAACCCCGUUGUACAAGUACUCGGAGUAGGCUAUGAUCGAACAUUGGGUGGCUUAGAACUUCAAUUACGUUUGCGUGAUUAUUUGGCAGCCGAAUUCAAUGCAAUGAAAAAGACCAAAACCGAUGUCACAACCAAUUCACGUGCAUUAGCAAAACUAUUCAAGGAAGCUGGACGUGUAAAGAACGUGCUUUCGGCAAACAAUGAUCACUACGCACAAAUAGAAAAUCUAUUGGAAGACCAAGAUUUCAAAUUGCAAGUGACACGUGAAAAGUUGGAGGAACUUGGUGCUGAUUUGUGGCCAAGGGUCGCCAAACCACUUGAGCAGGCUUUGUCAGCUUCAGGCCUUUCCUUGGACACCAUCUCGCAAGUUAUAAUAUUUGGUGGUGGUACUCGUGUACCAAAAGUUCAAGAAAUUUUGAAACAAUCUAUCAAACAAGAACUUGGCAAGAGUCUUAAUGCGGACGAAGCAGCUACUAUGGGUGCUGUAUAUAAGGCAGCAGAUUUGGCAACUGGGUUUAAGGUGAAAAAGUUCGUUGUAAAAGAUGCGGUCAUCUUUCCAAUACAAGUUACCUUCGAGCGUGACCCUGGCGACGGCAACGCCGUUCGUCAAGUGAAACGUGUACUUUUUGGUCACAUGAACGCUUAUCCACAGAAAAAGGUAAUCACUUUCAACAAACACACUGAAGACUUUGAUUUCAAUGUACAUUAUGGUGACCUCAAUCACUUGUCCGCUGAAGAAAUCUCCUAUAUAGGCCCUUUGAAUAUAACACGUGUAGAAUUAGAAAAAGUGAAGGAGCUAUUGGAGCAACACCAAAGUGAUGUAGUCGAGUCUAAGGGUAUUAAGGCUUACUUUACCUUAGAUGAUUCCGGCAUUUUCCAUUGUGUUGGUGUAGAACUCGUUUAUGACAAACAAAAAGAGGACGAGGGUACGCUUGCUAAACUCGGCAGCACAAUAAGCAAAUUAUUCUCAAAAGAUGGUGCUAAAGAGAGUGCCGAUGGCGAAGAGCACGCAGACACUGAGCCCACAAAGCCUGAUGCUGAAAACACUGAAAAUAAGUCCGAAAAAGAUACUAAAGAGGCGAACAAAACUGAGGAGGCAAAAGCAGCAGAAGACAAAGAUAAAUUAGCUGCUAAAAACGAUACGGUAAAGUUAGUAACUGUUAAAGAGCCAAUAUCACAUAAAAUCACGCAGUUAUUCACAAAUCCAUUAAGCGGUGAAGCUUUUGAAAAAUCCGUGGAAAAGCUAACUUCAAUUAAUACAGCCGAAUCCAUACGUAACCGUUUGGAGUCCACCUUAAAUGCACUAGAAUCGCAUGUCAUUGAAGUACAACAAAAAUUGGAUGAAGAUGAGUACGCUUCAUGCGCUUCGCCAGAGGAAAAAGAAAAAAUACUUGAAUUGUGCUCAUCGAUAUCCGAUUGGCUAUACGAAGAUCAUGAAAACCCUACCCCUGAGAUGUACGAGAAUCGUUUGAAGGAGUUGAAGAAGCUAACAAAUGUUUUCUUAGCACGUCAUUGGGAACAUUCCGAGCGACCAGAAGCAUUAAAGGCUUUGGACGGUAUGAUUGAUAGUGCAAAGAAAUUCUUAAGCAGCGCCAAAAAUCUUACUGAGGAAGCUAAUCCCGAUAAAGAUAUAUUUACAAAAGUAGAAAUUGAAACACUUAACAAAGUUAUCGCCGAAACCAGCGAUUGGAAGAAAGUAGAAAAUAAAGCACAAGAACAACUUAAACGUCACGACGAAGUGCGAUUAACUGUAAAAUCCGUUACUGAUAAAAUGUCCUUAUUGGAUCGUGAAGUCAAAUAUAUGGUAAACAAGUUAAAAAUCUGGAAACCUAAAGUAAAACCAACUAAAAAACCUAAGAAAGAACCCAAACCGGAAACCAGUGAGACAAGUGGAGAUAUUGAAAGCGGAUCAGGUGCUAACAGCAACGAGUCCACCAAAGAGCAACAGUCUGAGGCCGAGAGCGCCGUAAAUGUGAAUGAGGAGCAGGUCGGUGCACCGGAAGCAGCAGCUGAGGAAGGUGGUGGCAAGACAACAUCAGAGCCAACAACUACGGAGGAGCACACUCCACGCUCUGAUUUGUAAGAGUUUAGGGGCUGAGCAGUAUGUGAUAGUACAUAUUAAUAUACAGAUCGUUUAAGGGUCUCUUAUUGCUAAGUGAAUGACUGCAUUAAAAAAUAAACUUCGUAGUAAACGGCUAUUCACUGGAAAAUUACAUAUAUAAAGAUAAGAGAACGUAAGAAUAUUUCAUUCCACCUCACACUCCUUAAAAAUAUAUUAUCAAAUUUGUGUCUCUCUCUUAAACUAAGCUAGAUUUUCAACGUAUUUCUAGCCCAUAACUCGUUAGAACUACUUACUACCAUUCGCUGCGCUGAUGCGUAUCCAUCAAUUCUCAACAUUUUUAUAUACAGCAAGAGUCUCUAUGCGAAUAAAAAAGUAAUAUAAACAAGAAUUUAGUUGAAAUUUUAUAAUUCCCAAACAGAUAUUUUACAUACUAUGUAUCUAAUUUAUUAUUAAAAAACGAAUUACGCAUAUGUUUAUGUGAAACACUUAA